GCUUUCUUCUCUGCUGUUCACUUCGAACACAAUGCUGUGGUAUCAGACGCGGCUUGCUGGAUCACCUGCUCGUUUGCUGUCUGUCACAAUGUACCCGACACAAAUCCGAAACAUUUCUUUGCUAGCGAGUUUGCUAGCGCAGGCGCAGUGAUACUGACCGGCAAAAUAACAUCCGGUUGUUCCCAAAGAUGAUCUUUUUUCUCAAAUCAUUAUACGUUUACGGACUUAAGUAAGAGUCAAAAUUUGGGUGCGGAUUAUACAUGGGUACAGGCUUUUUUCCAGCAUCAACAUGCCAUUUUUAGGGUGCGUAUUAUACAUGGGGGCGCAUUAUACAUGGAAAAUUACGGUAUGUUUGCUAGUGGUGGUAUAUAUAUAUGUAUAUUGUAAUGAUUAUUGUGAUGAUGUUUAAAAGUGUAUUUGUUUAACAGUCUUAUAGGUAUUAUAUGUUUUGUGAUGACGUUUAUUAGCAGUAGUGCAAUAGGAUGUGAAAAGAGACCAAAGAUUAUUUUGAGCAUAUUGAUUUAUUGUUAACAAAUGCACUGUAUGUUUAUGAUUUUGUUUACACCGUUCUCACGGUCUGUCAAGGUCUGCCAAGUCAAGAUAAACAGAUCAGUAAUAAAAAGAAGUCCAAGCUGUCUUUUAUAUACGAGAGGGCGUGGCCCUGACCUUUGGACGCCACAGCGACGAGGACUUUGGUUCGGAAGGCAAUCGCAUCAGAGUUCAAAAUCACGUUAUUUAGUCAGCUGGACGGUCGGUCGCUCGGUCAGUUAGCGAGCGAGCGAGCGAGCCAGUCGCUCGGUGAGUCUGAACGACUUGUUGGCUUGUUUGGCGAUUGCUCAGACGGUUCACUCGGUCCGCUUGUCGGUUAUUCAGCUUUCAGUCGCUGGCUUCCUCCAUAAAUGCUCAGUUGUUUACUUUGAUCGAAGUUUGUUACUUCUUGAAGGGACGUAACGACAAGGAAGCGGAGCCAGCAGCAAAGUGAUUGUCAAGCAGCCUCGAGGACCAGGAAGGAGUCGUAAGAAGAGCAGACUUUGGCCUCCAGCUUCUCGGAAAUGCCGCCACCUUCUGGACUUUGGACGUGGGACGCUAUUGUGGCCGCCGUCUCUUGUGCGAGAAAAUCAAGGUGAUCCCUUUGCGUUCAGGUUCAUGCGGGAACGAUGGCUCUGGAUAUGAAAAUCAAGGGCCUGUUGUUGGAAACGCUGGAAGACCUGGAGCAGGAGGACUUCAAGAAGUUCAGGUAUUAUAUGGACCUGCCCAAGAGCAAAAAAGAAAACGCAGACCGGACUGACAUCGCCGAACAGCUGGCGAAGAUGCACGGCAAGAACGCGGGGGAGAAGACCAUCGAGAUUCUGGAGAAGAUCAACAACUACAACCUGGCCCAGAAGCUGCGCAACGACCUGCCGCAUAUCACAGGUAGCAUCUCCUCAGUGGAUAACGAGCAGAUCGGCAAAUUCAAACGGGAGCUGCAAGAGAACCUGCGGCAGAUCUACCUCAACGUUCCCGAGGGCAACACGGAGUACAGCUGGCAGAAGCCUCUGGAGAACAUCUACACCAAGCUCAACAUUACCCGCGGCGUCGCCGGUCUCCCCGACAAGCAGCACGAGGUCCUUCAGAUGGAGAUGUGCGGCGUGGCCGAGGAGGAGUCCAUCCAGCCGUGCGACAUCUUCCAAAGCCAGGAGCCCCUUCGCACGAUGCUCACCGUGGGCUUCGCGGGUAUCGGGAAGACUUUCCUGGUGCGCAAGUUUGUCCUGGACUGGGCCAGCGGGGAAACCAACACAGACGUGGACUUCAUCUUUCCCUUCGCCUUCCGCGAGUUGAACUUGGAGGAGGGGAAAAGCUUUUCGCUGGCGGAGCUCAUCCGACACUCUGUCUGGGAGAGCGAGGCCAUCAAGAUGGUGGACCACAUCUUGGUCAGUCUGCAAGAGUCGGACAACUACCAGUCCAGCGAGAUCAAGCUUUUGUUUGUGCUGGACGGCCUGGACGAGUCCCACCUCAUACUGGACCUGAGCGACGAGCCCAAGAAGCGCCUGGAUGUGACCCGAGCCUACCCCGUGGAGGUGCUCCUGGCGCAUCUCAUCAAGGGGAACCUGCUUCCCUGCGCCCGGGUUUGGAUCACCACGCGGCCCCAGGCGGCCCACGACAUCCCGCCGCGCCUGGUGGACGGCAGAACCGAGGUGAAAGGCUUCAACGACUCCCAGAGGAUGGACUACUUCAGGAAGAGGUUCCCCGCCGAGGAGGACGUCGUCAAGCACAUCCAGAAGUCCCCCACCAUUUUCAUCAUGUGCCACUUGCCCAUCUUCUGCUGGCUCACCGCCAGCGUUCUCCAAGACUGUCGGGAUGCCGGAAAGGAGCUGCCCGAAACCCUGACCGAGAUGUACACAGAGUUCCUGCUCUAUCACCUGGACAAGUCCAAGGAGCGAGACAGCCGGAAGAGCACGGAGUACGUCAAAGCGCUGGCCAAGCUGGCUUUCCAGCAGCUGAUGAAAAAGCAACAGAUCUUCUACGAGAGGGACUUGCGGGAAAGCGGCUUGGAUGACCCGCAGGGCGCAAAACACUCGGGAGUCUUCACCGUGGUCUUCAAGGAGGUACCCCCGCUCAAGAAAUACCAACGCAAGAUGUUCCAGUUCAUCCACCUGACCGUCCAGGAAUAUAUGGCCGCUCUCUACGUGAUGAUGAGUCUGUUCCAGGACGACACGAACGUGCUGGACGAUUACGUGUGGACGCUGAAAGGCCCCCUGUUGCUUUGGAAGCGGAAGCAGCUCACUUGGGUACACGAGGUGGCCAUCCGCAUAGCCUCCGAGAGAGAGGGAAACCUGGACUUGUUCCUCCGCUUCCUGCUGGGCCUCUCCUUGCAGUCCAACCAGGAUCUACUGGGUGAGCUGCUGAAGGUUCCCAAGAACUACAGACACAGCAACGCAGAAACGGUCCGCUUGAUCAAGCGACGGAUCAAGCGGAAUUCUCCCGAGGAGAACAUCAACUUGUUCUACUGCCUGAAGGAGCUGAAGGACGAGUCCCUGCUGGAGCAGAUGCAACAAUACCUCAAAGGGGGGAAAUUGUCCACGGAGGACCUUCCUCCGGCCAUGUGGUCGGCCCUGGUCUUCUUCUUGCGGGCUUCCGACGAAGCCAUGAGCUGCUUCCAUCUCUGGAAAUACGCUCGGUCCGAGAAGGGGCUCCUGAUGCUGCUGCCGGUGGUCAAGGCUUCUCAAAAAUCAGUGCUCGAGAGCUGCAACCUGAGCAAGAAAAGCUGCGAGGCGCUGGCCUCCGUUCUAAGCUCGCCCGGUAGCCUGAGGGAGCUGGAGCUCAGCUGGAACGACUUGUACGACGACAGGCUGGAGGCGCUCGCGGCCGGACUGGCAAAGCCGCAGUGCACCUUGCAAGUUCUCAGGCUCAGGGAAUGCCAGCUGAGCAAGAAAAGCUGCGAGGUGCUGGCCUCCGUUCUAAGCUCGCCCUGCAGCCUGAGGGAGCUGGAUCUCGGCUUCAACGACUUGUGUGACGACGGGCUGGAGGCGCUCGCCGCCGGACUGGCAAAGCCGCAGUGCACCUUGCAAGUUCUCGAGCUGGUGGAUUGCAAGAUCGGCACACGAGGAUGCGUCUCACUGGCCAAGGCUCUCCGGUCCAACCCUUCCCACCUCCAACAGCUGAGCCUGGGGUUCAAUGACAUCGGACAGGAAGGAAAGCGGGCCUUGGAGGAGGUCCAAAUGGAUUCUCGCUGCAGUCUGAAAGUCAAGUGGUAGGUUCCAAACAUCUUCCAGGGUGCCGUUGAAGGAAAUGGCUUCCAAAAAGUCGGUCGCGCCUAGCUCCAAAACCAGAUUUGCUGACAUCACAUUGGAUAAAGUAGAGAAGCAGACAUGAAAUCAAUCAAAGGAAAUGGAACUUCAUGAUGUGCACUUUGACAUCACAAAUGUUUUGGGCCAUCUUGCCUGAAUGAAGUAAGUGUCCAUGGACAUUUUACGUCGGUUUUUACCUAGUUUGCGGCAACGGCAAAUAGAAGUGAGAUACAGUAAUGCCUCUUUUAUCGCGGAUAAUUGGUUCCAAGAGGAUCUGCGAUACGUGAUAAUCCGCAAACUUGUUUUUUUUAACAUAAAUACAUAUAUACAUACAUACAUGGUUUGUGUGUCAGCAAGUGUAUAUAUAUAUAUAGAUUCCUCUCGAGGAACAAACAUGACAUGUUUUAUUUGUGGCCACUAAAUAGAUGAAAUACUGCAUCUGCGCAAAUUGCCAAUUUGCGGCCAUGGAAGCUUCAAACGUGAAUGAACAUAAACAGUGCAGCAACACAUGUAGAAGAAAGAAGAAAACAGUCCUCGCAGUCAGACUUAUUAUUAGUUUUGUUUCCUCAGCGGUGGAGGGCUGCUAAUGCUGUCUAGAUGAGCUCGGGUCAAAGUUUUUUCUUGAUGUGUGUAGUGGGUCUUUGCUGCCAUCUUGUGGCAUUUAUUUGGACUUACUCAAUAUUGAGGGAGAUGUUCCAUGGUUGUGCGUGUAUGUUUUUCUGCCUUGCCAUUGCCGAGCAUUGAAUUAUUAUCAGGAUAAAUGACCAGACCUGUAUUGCCUCAUAACAGAAUGAGAUAUAAAAUAAGCAAGCUCCGUGUAUUUUUUACAAGUUAAAUGAAACCAUCCUCGACGAUGUUUGACGACUGGACGGCAGUGCAAUUCAUUUAAAUUACAGGUCAAACACGACGGACUAAUUCCGUCGUCUCCGGCCACCUGCAGUUGUAAUGACAAUCAGCCGUCGAGAGAGGGCAGUGUAACACAACUCUUCAAUGCCACCUGAAAAAUGAGUCCAAGAAGAGGAAGAGAAGUCAAGGGGAGGCUCAAGUGAAGAUUCUCCUUUCAUUUGAAAUUCACUCAGUGUGGAUGAGAACGGAACAAAUGCUAACGAUGCUAACACGUAGCAAGACAGAAGGCUGAGUCGAGGAAGCGCUCCCGCUACUUUUUCAAGCCUCCCUGCACUCAGGUACAUUUCCUCCAUGCAAGUCAAAGUUUCGCCUCGCAGCUGGGACGUCGAUGCGCGUUGCUGAGGAUGUGGCCGCAUCAAGCCCACUCUCCCGUUUUUGCCUUCAAACGGAAGACACUCGACUCAGACGUAGCAAAUGGGGCUGGACAACAUGAAGGCGCUUGGGAAAGGAGAAAGUUCCCACAAACAUGCUAGCAAAAACAGUGAGGCUGGCCCUUUUAUUCUUCCUAUUUUUCACCUGGUUCAUCACUCCAGCUGUUAGCCCUCUGUAGCCAAGGGAAGCUAACAGGCUACAAGCCCAAUGUUUCCCCCUAGCUGAAAAGGAGGAAAGGAGGACAACGCUCGGGCGUUAUGUGGCGGAAAAAGAAACGCCGCCCACACUCGCCACCAUCAUCACCGGGAAUGUGAGGUCCAUUCGCAAUAAGAUGAACGAGCUAACGGCGCUAGCACGGCGCCAACGGGAAUACAGGGAAUGUAGCAUGCCGCUGUUCACGGAGACCUGGCUAACGGAGCAAACACCGGACUCUGCCGUCGCUCUGGACCAUAUGUGUCAAACUCAAGGCCCGCGGGCCGGAUAUGGUCAUUUUAUAUUAUUGUUACUAAUGGCCCGAUGAUAACACAAUAAAGCACAGAUCCCAUAAUGCAGUGCUUUCGCUGCCUUGCCGAGCGUUUUUCCGCGGCAAUCAGGACAGGUGCUUGUUGCUGCAAGUUAUUGCCAAGCUAGCCCCUCAUGAUGCCGAGGAGAAAAGUUGAUUCUGAAAACAGAGCCUUUAAAACCGAUGGGAGGUUGAGUAUAUGUUUCCUGACAUUGCCGGUAAGCCCGUUUGUCUCGUUUGUGACGCUAAUGUGGCUGCAUUGAAAGAUUUUCAUCUAAGACGGCAGGCACUAUGAAACAAAACAUCUGGAUAACCUGAAAGACCUGAAUGCAGAGCAGAAGAUACAGAAGGUAGAAGAGUUAAAGAAGAAGCUGACAUUCCAGCCGACGUUUUUCACCUGUGCAAAAUCACAAAGUGGACUGGCCAGGCUCAAGGUGGAGAAGGCGACGGGUCCAGAUGGCAUCACCUCCAGGCUUUUCAGAUCCUGCUCCGGGCAACUGUGCAGGAUCGUGGAGCACAUAUUCAACAUGAGCCUGAGGCUGCACAGCUGUGGAAGACAUCCUGCGUGGUACCGGUGCCCAAGUCAUCUCGCCCCAGUGACUUCAACCACUACCGGCCGGUGGCCCUGACAUCCCACCUGGCGAAGACCCUGGAGAGGCUGCUCCUCCACCACCUGCGCCCCCUGGUGGAAGAGGAGAACAAAAAGCCAAAAACGACGGCGACGCCGAUGGACCAGACAUCGAUGAUGAAGCGGAACUUUGCACGUGCAGGUGAAGAACAAAAGAUGGCCGAUCUGCCAAUUGAUCUUUUGACUCCUGACCUCCCUCCAUUCUCACAUGUUGGACUGGAUUACUUUGGACCAAUAGAAGUGAGGAGAGGGCGUGGCAUGGCAAAACGUUAUGGCGUGCUAUUUACUUGCCUGACUGUGUGAGAUUGCAAACUAGAAGCAACCAGCUCUUACGGCCCAUCAGCAAGAUGUACCUGUUGGUAAAAGCCAACAACCCACAUUGAACAAAGACUGCGCAUGUGCUUAGUACAUUUGCAUUACAUUCAUACACUGAUACUUGCACACAUUUGUAGUGUAAUUGAGAGUAAAACUUAAAAUUAGAAUUAGGAAA